AUGCUCUCUAGGAGUCCUUCGGGGCUCUCUAAAAUCUCGGGGCUUUUCUCGAUGCUUUCCCGCUCUUCUCUUUCUGUAAACACUUCUCCUGUUGACAUCAACACCUCAACGGAUGACCUGUUCGACGAGAACCGCGACUACUUCAAGGAAUCCGGGAAAGGCUCCGAACCUAACACUAAGCCAAUUCUCCAAUCUCCAGAAACGGAGCAGGAGAAUGUCCUGACCGACGCAAACGUAAAAAAACCGGCGGACCAGGACAAACCGGCGGGCCUGGGAACCAAACAGGCCGCGGCCAAAAAGGGCAUUUUCGGGUUUUUCCCCAAAAUCAAGCAGCUUUUUGAGCCGAAAAAGACUCUUCCUCCGCGGCCCCGCAGGCCACGGGAACCUCUGGUGUUUUUUGGGCGGACUCCAUCUUCGGCGCGCGAGAAUGUGAAGAAGCCCAAGCACUCCGAGGUUCAGAAGAUCCGCAUCAACCUCGAGGUGUUGCGGGACGAACCCCCGGUGUACGUAAGUCCCGAAUACGGGUUACGGGCCAAGGCGUCCAGACAUUUUAGAAAGGACUUGGAGCACUUGAUCCUGGAGGUGACGACCUUCACGGAUGAUUUGAACUUCAUUGCCAACAACGCCGGCCACUUUUGUCGCCACAUGUGCGACUCCACCUUCGACUGCUAUCUGCUUAGAGACAAGGUGAUGGAGUACUUUGACCAAAUGAAGUACCAGCUGCAGAUGAUGGACCACGCGCAAGAAACGGUGCUCUACUUGAAGAACAAUAAGGUGGAGGCCAGCGAGGUCUACGAGUUUGCCCGCAACUAUGCCGAAUGGAAGACGCUGUUUGCUGAGUACGAAUGCCUCAUGCUGCAGUACCCAGCCUUGUUUGAAGAAACAAACAAGGGCAUGGUUGAAGCCAAUGCUUAUGCCAGAACGUUCUUGAACCACGAAAGCAUCAUGAAACGCUUGGACAGAGAGUUUAAGGACACAAAGAUUAGAUACAUCAAGAGAGAGUCUCUUAGAAACAAGUAUCUCACACCUUUACGCGAACACUUCAAGGCAAUCAGAAAGUCUUUCCUUGGAACAGAAAUGAGCGAAAAGGUUGGCGAGUUCUUGGAGUCGCUUCACACAGCAAACAAGGACUUGUACGAUGCGCUGGAUUACCUCAACAAAAUCCACCGCACCAUCAAACUUACUCACCAAACUACCAGGGUGACCGAUCGUAUGUUGGACGAUCUCAUGUCAUCGUUGGAUGCCAGUGAGUAG